UUCAACCAGACGGUCGCUUGUCGCUUGAGUGCCAGAGUGUCAGAGCGUGUGAUUUGUUGUUAUUGUUAAACACCAUCGAGCUCAACCCCGUACGUCCCACCCUUUUUCCAACCCCCGUCAGCCGUCAACCGCAAAGCAAAGCAGCAAACAGAGAUGGCCGUUAGCCGAUUGUCCAUUGUGAAGUUCCUGGAGCUGGCACUCGCCAUCAGCUGCGUGGUCCUGCACUACAAAAGCCUUGGCGAGCGGGAUGACAUCACGAAGCUGCUCGCCGCCGGCACCUUCGUUGGGUACAGUGUGAUUCUAAUCGCCUUGUUUGCUGGGUACUUGCUGAGCAAUCCGAUCAACAAGAAGCUGGACCUGUUCUUCAGUCUGAUCGGUUGCGCCAUGUUCAUCGCGUCCGGCGUGCUGAUCCUGAAGGAGUGGGAAAAUUCCUGGAACACCGACACGCGAAAGAUUGCCAUCUCGAAGGGUUCGCUCGCGAUCGUCAACGGUGUGCUGUUCUUCUUCGACGCCAUCUUUACACUGCGCGACUAAGCGUCUUCGCGAUUUGACGUCUUCUAAUGUGCUAUGAUAGUGUGGAUUUUUUUUUCGUUUGUUUAUUUUUAUUGUUUUGUUUUCCACGUAAUCUUCAUCAUUAAUUUACCGAUCGGUGUACAGCUUUACAAUGAGGGGUCCAAAGCAUUCAACCAGCUAUACACGCGAUGGCGUAACGUAUACCGGUUCGCGAUACGAAGUUUAAACGCAGCAAGCGAUCGAGAGAUAAAAGUUCCCCAAAAGAAAUUAAGCGAACGUUACGUAACUUCCUCAAUAGAUGGCGCUAGCGCACCGUGCUUUGCUGUUGCUGUGCCAGAGUUGCAACCAAUGCUGCCAUGAACCGGAAACGCUUGCAUACAACACGUUCAGUAGCCUCCUCGAAGGGAUGUUGUUGUCUCUAUUUGAGUUGUGUGUGCUCCUUAAAUUAUUUCUCCAUCCAUUCACGCUUAUCGUCUACAUCUAACCUUAACCACGGAAAGGAAGUUGAAUCUCACAAUUGCACAGUGGAAUGAAUGUUUUGCUGUAAAGCUUUUGCUAUCUCACACACCGAUAUUUGGUAGGUAGCGGUCACGAUAUACCACGCGGUACGCUGCAAACACCACAACGAUUAUACGCAUUACCUCUAAGAUAUGAUAUUAUAUCUACGUUUCGAGUAAUGUACUCUUUUGAUAUAUGUGUAUACAAAUAAAACUAAAUG